AUGGGUGCCUUGUCCUUGGAUGAGAUCAGAAAGGCACAAAGAGCUGAUGGACCAGCAAGAAUCUUGGCCAUAGGCACUGCCAAACCAAGUGUUCCAAGAACCAUCCUUCCUGACUCUAGUGGAGCCAUAGAAGGACAUCUGACGGAGGUGGGACUCACCUUCCACCUCCAAAAGACUGUCCCCAGUCUCAUCUCAAAGAACAUUGAGAAGUGUCUUGAAGAAGCGUUUAAACCUCUAGGGAUAAGUGACUGGAACUCUCUCUUCUGGAUAGCUCACCCUGGAGGCCCUACCAUCCUGGACCACAGUGAGAUAAAGCUAGGACUAAAGGCAGAGAAGAUGAAGGCGACUCGUCACGUGUUGAGUGAGUAUGGAAACAUGUCCAAUGCCUGUGUCUUCUUCAUACUUGACACAGCGUUCCUCUCUUGCCUUCCCCUUAUGUGUGCUCUUCCUCCUCUUCUUCCCCUAGCCGCCAAUGUCAUAUGCUCUCUGAUACUGAGAUGA